AUGGAACGUCUCGUGCUUAUGCUUGCCCUCUUCGGGUGUGUCACCGUAUGGGCGAAACCGACGGCAAAAGCCGUCCUCAAGGAGGAGGACCCAAACAAAAUACCCAUGUGGCUCGACGAGGUGACACAGAGGAUCAUGGGAAAGUCAUUUGAAGAAUUGAUGAAACUCAGUGCUAAGGACAGGAAGGCCUUCGAAAAGCAGCAGGAGGAUAAAAUACCACGUUUUGUGAGAACGUUCCGUUUCUCUGAUGAUGCUCCCGUCCGCAAAUUACUCCAUGAGUUCAUUUCGAGCAUUGAGGCCGCGGCUAAUGGCAAAGUCCAAGAAGCAGUAGUAAGCAUCGCUCACGCUUUCGACAAUCUACCAAAAGACGAUCGGGAAAAAUUCCGCAAGCUUUUCAACAUCAAAGUCGAUGAAAAGAAGAUCUUGAAAACAAAGUCGUAA